AUGGCCCCUUCGCCUCUGGUCGACAACGCCCAGAUCAAGGGCGCCGAGCUCUUGAAUCCCCUCACCGUCCACUACCAUGCCUACCACUACGAACGGUACAUUGGCGCGCCCGAAUGGACUUUUGUCUGGGUCGGGUCCAUCAUCACGGUGCAGAGCCUGAUCUGGCUGAGUACCAAUUGGAGCGUCAAUGUCAAGGCCAUCUUCACGGCCACCAGGGCCAGCUCGGUCGAAAGUGCCCGGCUGAUCAAGGUGAUCCCCGUCGCAAACGCUGGUGCCCCGGAAAUCUGCAAGCUCGAGCGCCAUCAGGUGGCUGGCAAGCCGGUCCUGUCGUUCCUCUUCCAGAAGCGUCGCUUUCUCUACAGUCCCGAGACCAAGUCUUUUGCCACGCUCGCGUACGAGGUCGAUGUCGACCCCAAGCCGCUGCUGGGCAAGUUCCAAACGUCCCGGGGUAUCGACUCGGACGCCGAACUCACCCGCAUCGAGCAGCACUACGGCACCAACACGUUUGACAUUCCGGUGCCCACCUUCUCCGAGCUAUUCCGCGAGCACGCCGUCGCCCCGUUCUUCGUCUUCCAGGUCUUCUGUGUCGGUCUGUGGAUGCUCGACGAGUACUGGUACUAUUCGCUCUUCACCCUCGUCAUGCUCGUCAUGUUCGAGAGCACUGUCGUCUGGCAGCGCCAGCGCACCCUGAGCGAGUUCCGCAGCAUGGGCAUUAAGCCCUACGACGUCUGGGCCUACCGUCUGAGCAAAUGGACCGAGGUGUCCAGCGACCGGCUCUUGCCUGGCGACCUGGUCUCGGUCUCACGCACCAAGGAGGAUAGUGGCGUGGCCUGUGACAUGCUGCUUGUCGAGGGCACCGCCAUCGUCAACGAGGCCAUGCUCUCGGGCGAGAGCACCCCGCUUCUCAAGGACUCUGUUCAGCUCCGUCCGGCCGACGCCCCUCUCGACCCCGAGGGCCUCGACAAGAACGCUUUCCUUUGGGGCGGUACCAAGGUCCUGCAGAUCACGCACGGCAAUUCCGAGGACGCCAAGGCCAAGCCGGCCUCGGGUGUGCCCAAGCCGCCCGACGACGGGGCCAUGGCCAUUGUGAUCAAGACCGGCUUCGAGACGUCGCAGGGUAGCCUCGUGCGCACCAUGAUCUACUCGACCGAGCGUGUGUCGGCUAACAAUGCCGAGGCCCUCCUGUUCAUCCUGUUUCUGCUCGUCUUCGCCAUUGCCGCGUCCUGGUACGUCUGGGACGAGGGCGUACGGAAGGACCGCAAGCGCUCGAAGCUGCUGCUCGACUGUGUGCUCAUCAUCACGAGCGUCGUGCCGCCCGAGCUGCCGAUGGAGCUGAGCCUGGCUGUGAACACAAGUCUGGCUGCGCUGGCCAAGUUUGCCAUCUUCUGCACUGAGCCCUUCCGGAUCCCGUUUGCCGGCCGCAUCGAUGUGGCCUGUUUCGAUAAGACCGGCACGUUGACGGGCGAAGAUCUGGUUGUCGAGGGCAUCGCCGGUCUGGAUCUCAGCCGCUCAGGCGCCGACGUCUCGUCUGAGCGCGAGGCCGACGGCGCACACAGCCACAUUACGCCCGUCCACGAAGCCAGUCUCGAGACUGUCCUGGUUCUUGCCACGGCCCAUGCGCUCGUCAAGCUCGACGAAGGCGAAGUGGUCGGCGAUCCAAUGGAAAAAGCCACGCUUUCAGCUCUCGGCUGGACGCUCGGCCGCAACGACAUCCUCUCGAACAAGGCAGCCACGGCAGGUGCCCGCACGAACGGAAGCACCGUGGGCACGGUUCAGAUUAAGCGGCGCUUCCAGUUCUCGUCGGCCCUAAAGAGACAGAGCUCCGUCGCCACGGUGGCCGGCCGCGACGCCAAGACGGGCCAGCGCAUCCAGGGCACGUUUGUGGCCGUCAAGGGCGCGCCGGAGACGAUCAUGAAGCGGCUCGUCUCGGUCCCGAACGACUACGAGGAGACAUACAAGUACUUUACACGCAUGGGCUCGCGCGUGCUCGCACUCGCAUUCAAGCAGCUGACGGUCGACCACGAGCUCGGUGCCGGCAAGAUCAACGACCUGAAGCGCGAGGAUGUCGAGGCCGGGCUGACCUUUGCCGGUUUCCUGGUGCUGCACUGCCCGCUCAAGGACGACGCCAAGGAGGCGGUGCAGAUGCUCAAUGAGAGCAGCCACCGGGUGGUGAUGAUCACGGGCGACAACCCGCUGACGGCCGUGCACGUGGCGCGCGAGGUCGAGAUCGUCGACCGUGAGGUGCUGAUUCUGGACGUUCCCGACCACAGCGACGGCGGCAAGGACCUGGUCUGGCACAGCGUCGACGACAAGGUGCGCAUCUCGGUGGACCCGACCAAGCGGCUGGACCCAGACAUUCUCCGGACCAAAGACCUCUGCGUGACGGGCUACGCGCUGUCGCAGCUCAAGGACCAACCGGCCUGGCUCGACGUCCUGCGGUACACGUGGGUGUAUGCGCGAGUGUCGCCCAAGCAGAAGGAAGACAUCCUCCUCGGACUCAAGGACAUGGGCUACUACACGCUGAUGGCAGGCGACGGGACCAACGACGUGGGCGCGCUCAAGCAGGCGCACAUUGGCGUGGCACUGCUCAACGGCACGCCCGACGACCUCACGCGCAUUGCCGAGCACGCGCGCAACACCAAGAUGAAGGAACUGUACCAGAAGCAGGUGGACCUGAUGAAGCGCUGGAACCAGGCGGCGCCGCCGGUGCCGGUGGUGAUUGCACAUCUGUACCCGGCAGGGCCGAGCAACCCACACCUGGCCAAGGCGGUCGAGCGAGAGGCCGCGCGCAAGAACAUGACGCCCGAAGAGUACACCAAAGCGUUUGUGCCCAGCGGCGGCGAUGUGGAGACGAUCACGUCGCCGGCCGCGCAGCAGCUGCUCAACCAGGGUCACAACGCGCCACGAAACCAGAUGCAGCAGAAGGCAGCCGGGCUGGCGGACCAGCUGACGGCGAGCAUGAUGGACAGCGAGAUGAACGAGGACGAGCCGCCGACGCUGAAGCUGGGCGACGCGUCGGUGGCGGCGCCGUUUACGAGCAAGCUGCGCAACGUGAUCGCCAUCCCCAACAUCAUCCGCCAGGGUCGCUGCACGCUCGUGGCCACGAUCCAGAUGUACAAGAUCCUGGCGCUCAACUGCCUGAUCUCGGCCUACAGUCUCAGCGUCCUCUACCUGGAGGGCAUCAAGUUUGGCGACGGCCAGUACACCAUCAGCGGCAUGCUCAUGAGCGUGUGCUUCCUGUCCAUCUCGCGCGCCCGCUCGGUCGAGGGUCUGUCCAAGGAACGGCCGCAGCCGAACAUUUUCAACUUUUACAUUAUCGGGUCGAUUCUCGGGCAGUUUGCCGUUCACGUGACGACGCUCAUCUACAUUGCGCGGUUCUGCGACAAGAUAGCACCUCGCGGUGACGAUAUCGAUCUUGAGGCCGACUUCACGCCCUCGCUGCUCAACAGCGCCGUGUACCUGCUGCAGCUGAUUCAGCAGAUCUCGACGUUUGCGGUCAACUACCAGGGCCGGCCGUUCCGCGAGUCGCUGUCGGAGAACAAGGGCAUGUACUACGGCAUCGUGGGCGUGACAGGGAUCGCGUUUGCCUGCAGCACCGAGUUCGUCCCAGAGCUGAACGAGAUGAUGAAGCUGGUGCCCUUCUCGAGCGAGUUCAAGACCACCAUGACCGCGGUCAUGGCCAUCGACUAUGCGGCCUGCUAUGUGAUCGAGGUGAUCCUCAAGUUCCUCUUCUCGGACCUGCGGGCGCGUGACAUUGCCGAGCGCCGGCCGGACCAGCUGGAGCGCGAGCGCGUGCGCAAGAAGGCCGAGCAGCUGAGAAAGGCCGAAGAGGAGGACAAGCAGCGGCUAGACAAGGUGGCUGUCUUUGAGCAGCAGCUGCUGGAGCGCCGGCAGCGGCUACAGGCGGCACGUCAAGGGCGAUAG